CUAUACCCAAGGGUCUGGGGAAUAUGUUUCCGAUGCUGCAACUUUUGGAUCUUUCUGAUAAUGCACUGGAAGGUCUUGUGACCGAAAAUCACUUUGUUAAUCUCAAAGAAUUAGUGUUUUUCCUUGCAUCUGGCAAUAGAUUAACAUUGAAAGUGAGUCCAGAUUGGUUGCCUCCUUUCCACCUUAUAGACCGGCUUGGACUGGGAAGUUGGCACUUGGGUCCUCAAUUUCCAGUUUGGUUGCAAUCACUAAAAGAGAUUUCUGAAGUUGAUAUAUCUAAUGCUGGGAUCAAAGAUGAAAUCCCAACUUGGUUUUGGAACUUUUCCUCUCAAAUUUCUGUCAUUGAUCUAUCCCACAACCAAUUCAGUGGGCCAUUGCCUCAAAUCUCAUCUUCUGACAUAACUCAUUUGGACUUGUCAAACAAUUUCUUCUCUGGAGAUCUCAUUCGUUUCUUAUGUCCUCCUCAAAAUGAAUCAAGAAGUAUGAUGAAAAGUCUUCACCUCAGAAGAAAUGGUUUAUCAGGACAAAUUCCUGAUUGUUUAAGUGGAAGUAAUUGGCCAAAUUUGAGAGUCUUAGACAUGGCAGAGAAUAGUUUAAGUGGAAGAAUUCCUAAAUCUAUUGGGCUUCUAAAUUCAUUGUCAUUUUUUGACUUGGACGGUAACAAACUUUUUGGCAAUAUACCUCCAUCUAUACAAAAUUGCACCAGUUUAUGGAAACUUGACUUGGGUGAAAAUGAGUUUGAAGGGAAUAUUGCAAGCUGGCUUGGGAGUUCACUUUCGAGUUUAGUAGUUCUAAGGCUUCGUUCAAAUAAGUUCCACGGUGAAUUGUCUCCGGAUUUCUGCCAUCUCACAUCUCUUCGGAUACUAGACCUUGCUAAUAACAACUUCAUUGGUACAAUCCCAAAGUGUAUUAACAAUCUCACUUCAAUGGUUGAGCAAAGUAAGAUCCUUAUUAGAGAGAUCGAUCUUGAAAGGGUAAAAUUAUAUGAAGAAAGUGCUGUGGUGACAACAAAAGGGCAAGAGUACCAGUACUUUGCCAUUAUAUUUGUGUUGAUUACAAGUUUUGAUCUUUCCAACAACAAUUUUUUGGGAGAAAUUCCUAUGGAAUUGACCACUUUAGGAGAAUUAAGAUCCUUGAACCUAUCAGGAAAUAAGUUGACAGGAAACAUUCCCAAGGAAAUAGGAAACAUGAAGCAAUUAGAAUCCAUUGAUCUGUCAAGAAAUCAUCUUUCUGGAGAAAUUCCCUACAGUCUCUCAAAUCUCAACUUUCUGAGUUACUUGAAUUUGUCUUAUAACAAUCUGUCUGGGAAGAUCCCUACUGGUACUCAACUUCAAAGCUUCAAUGCAUCUUGUUAUGUUGGUAACAAUCUUUGUGGGCCUCCUCUCCUUGGAUGUAGCAAUGAUGAUGAUGUUCCUGAUGAAGAAGAAGACAGAGGAGAUGAUUUUGAGGCAAAGUGGUUUUAUAUUAGCAUGGCUAUAGGAUUUAUUGUGGGAUGGUGUGGCAUCUUGGGACCUUUGUUUGCUGUGAAAUCUUGGAGGUAUACUUUUUUUUCAGUUUAUAGAUGAUAAGUUGAAGUCUCUUUCAAGAUGCAAUGGUUUGGAUAGGGUUGGAUUUUUCCUUGUUUAUUGUAUUUUCUAAUAAC